GAUCCGGGAGUGCAUAUAAAUAAAUGAAAAUGUUGAUCAAGAUGUGACCAGCACCGAGAACUUUAACGAUCGAGUUCUGUAACGACGGUCUGAGCUUCUUGGGUUGUUGCACUUGUGCAGUCUGAAGGUGUGCACUAGUGUCAUCCAUCCAUGGCCGACGACAUGGAGUCCGUCACUGCUUGCAAGAACUUCAAAUCUAAGAGUCUGCCGAUUGCAGCAGACCGUUGCAGAGACCUCAAGCUCGAAGGACGAACGACACUCUUUGUGUCUUCCCGAGGCACCUACAGGAGCAUCCCCUGCAGUAAACCAAGAUCCUUAUCGUCUUCUCAUUCUUCGUGCCUUCUCAUCGUCCCCGGCUUUUGCUCCUGAUGAGCUUAGAUCUACGAUGCAAGUCUUUUGCCCUGAGUCCGGACCACAGACUUCACAUCGUGCACAUUUGACUGAAUCAAGGGGCAGAUCGGGCAUCCAUCCAUCCAUCCAUCCAUCACACUCCUCCUUGUGCUGUGAGUGUGGUGCCCAGAGGAGAGAGGCAGCUGGGAGGAGGAUCAUUGUACGCCCCUGUUGUCGCAUGCAGUGCAGCGACAGGCAGCCAUGAGUCCCUUACGCCGUGGGUGAGACUUACGAUGUGACUGACAGGUUGAACGUAUCUUGGAAAACGAGGCCAUCUGCAGACCCUCAUGUCCGAAGGGGCGGGGCAUCGUGGCUUCAGCUGAGCCCUCGGCCCUGGAGGGCUGUCUGAUUGAUUGUGGAGGAAUCCGACGUAAGUUGACACGAUCAUGGCGUUGAUCGCGCCUGCCAAGACGCAGCCUGUUGACCUUUCCGAACGGCAAACCUGUUACAUCCUCGGCUGCACAGACCGCAUACCUCUCCCUCAAAGAUGGGGUCCAUGUGUCGGCUGUUGAGUGACCCCCUUUGCCUCGAGCGAAACUCCGGAAGUGGUCGAAUCAGUCUUCGCUGAACUGAAGCUGUCCAGUAUCAGAAGAUCGUGCUGCGCAUGAUCAUGCUGAUAGCACGAGGAUGUUUGAUUCUUUAGAAAGCGUUCUACAUUCACUUCCGAGCAGUAAUUACAUCGUCCUCAGUCAGAGGACGAGGACGGAACAGACUGCUGCGUUUGGAUCUCACAUGCACAUAUACUCUUCCCCACUGCAUCAACAAGCAACAGUUUCUGUCUUCCCAAUCGGUGUUACCUGAUUUCGUACUUGGCAAGGAGAGGGAGAGAGGGAGGGAGAUUCGUACCGGGACUUCUGCAAGCUUCUUCUGUUCAUUCGCUCCAGUCGUAGAGGUUGACAAGUUCAUUUCAGUCUACAUGCCACUUACACUUCCUCACUGCUCAGCUCAGCCCAGAAUGUUCAAUGGAGCAUCUCUGAUGGAACCCUGAGAAGGAGGAGACAAUCGAAAUAAGUUCAUGAAGCGAGGCACCGUGCCCAGAAAGGUGGGAAGAAUCAGUCAUGGAUGCUCUGAUCAUUUCCUAGGAAGUCCAGAAGUGCAUGCCUCUGUCGGUUGAGGGAGUGGACAUGACGACGCCUGAGGCGAGGGCUGUAACACUCAAUGUUCAGUGUGAAGGAGAUUCAGUCUAGCUAUUUAAGUUGUGAGGUAUUCGUUGGAAAAGGAGCUGGACGACGAUCGAAAGGAUGGAUGUCUUUCGAGAUGGAUUGCUUCGAAGAAAAAUUGUCCGAUCUGGACUGUUCGUCGCAGGCCGUGUGAGUGGAAGCUUGCACAAAUCUGCAAGACGUGAUAUCCCAGAAUGCCAGGGUUGAAAAUGCUCUCUGCAGAUCCUCUUCGUGAUAGAGACACAGAGGACCUCAUGUGCCAACAGAUCCAAUUCUAAAAGGAGCAGACCAUUUGAGGCAGACUACGAUCAAACUUCCGCAGACCAUCCGUUGGGGAGAUGGAGUAACAGAUAAGAACUGCACGAAUCGGUCUGCUCGGUUUUGCGGUGCACUUUUCUCGGUCUCGAACACGAGUUUCAGGCCGCAAAACAUCCGGCCAAAGCCAUGAAGCACCACGAGCACACCUUGAGGCUCAGCCGCACAGCAUGCCAGCUAUGGAUGCUCAUGACGACCAUAGCGAUCUUCUCGGCCACUCUGUACCUGAUGAACAUGCUGAGGGACAGUGAAAUUGCCAAUGGGUGUUUCUUGAGCCAGCUCCAGUCUUCUCCGCUGAAAAAAAUCUCCCCCAAGAACGAUGUCGUCCCUCAGCCGGCUAAGAACGAAACGCUCGAGAAGCCAAAGACAGUGGAGAUUCGCAAGCAAAACAUCAAAUUCAUGCCCCACGACAAAGCCUCCAUUCUGAGGCAGUACCUCGAGAACGGGAGCACACUGUGCCAUCAUGUUCCCACUGCAAGAGCCCAUGUCUUCGGACUUCCGCACCCGGCCAAGGGAGACAUCACCCUCACCACCGACGAGGAUCAUGACUUGCUCAUCGUCUCCUACGCUGAAAAUGGGCAACGACGAUGCAGCGGCGGUGACUUCUAUGAGACUGAUCUCACAGGCACCCAGUGGAAGGCUCGGCCACCGGUGCAGGAUCUAGGAGAUGGAACGUACCUCGUGAAGCUUCGUGUGGACAGUCGGUUCCCAGGUUCUUACCAGCUCAAGGUCAUCUUGCUGUUCGCCAAUUUGCAUGGGCUGGACCGGAGUCCGGACAAAUGGGCCAUGUACAACAUGACUCUCGAAGAACCGACGCUUCUCGUCACAGUCAAGUUUCUGAAUGAGCCCUCCCCAGUCAUGAGCACUGCAGCCGAGUUUCCACCCUGCUCGAAGAAAGACUUCGACCACACGUCGUGGCAAGGGAGGUGGACCAGGACGAAGAUGAACGAGACGUGCAAUCCUGACAACCAUGGGAGGUUCAAAUGUCUGCCUGCCAACGAGAGCUGCGACUCUCCCUGGUGCACUGGUCCCGUGGGGAGCCUGGAAAGCGAUGGCUGGGCCUACAGCACCCACUGCGCUUUCCGGAUCUUCACUCGGGACGAAGCAUGGAGCUGCCUCAAGGACAAAUGGCUCUUCUUCUGGGGCGACUCCAACCAUCAGGACACAGCUCGGAAUCUGCUCAAUUUUAUCCUGGGCUUCGAUCUGGCCUCUCUGCCCAGAACUUCCGACCAGAACUACACCAACCCAGAAAACCCCAGCGAGACCGUGAGGAUCAGCCUCGUCUUUAAUGGGCAUUAUGACGAUCGGUAUAACUACAAGGGCUUGCUGAGCCUGCAGAAUGCCACAUACCGAGAGAGGCUGAGGUCCAACUUCGACCAUCAUACUGAUUCUGAAGGAAAAAUACCAGAUGCCAUGAUUUUAAACUCUGGCCUUCAUGACGGCAUAUUCUGGUCGAACUUCACGCACUUCGUGGAGGCGGCUGAAAACGCGAGCUCGUUCUGGCACUCAACAUGGGCGGCUGCGGACAAGGAUGUGCACAAGCGGCCCAAGGUUGUGUACCGCACAACAGUCGCCCCCGCUGGAGCCCAUCGAAUCACUGCCAUCAACCCUCAGAAGGUGGAGCUCAUGAACACCGUGCUGGUGGACUCAUUCGUGUCCAAGUUCGGCCUCGAAAACUUGCAGAUCGUGGACGACUUCGAUAUGACCUUCCCUUGGCACUACGAUAAGUCUUACAGCGACGGUGAACACUACGGACGAGCUCCCAAUGCUCACUCCUGGAUCAAAGGAGGCCACCACUACUUCGUCGAUCUCAUGCUCGCCCACGUCCAUCUGAAUGCAAUCUGCCCUCUAUAGCUGUAUGCUCUUGACCACAGUUCACUCUAAUUCCAGCAGCCAUACCGAGCCAUGUCUUUCGAUACUCGGUGGCUCAAGAGUCGAGAAUUUAGUCCAAGAUUCAGUAGCAUCCUCGACAGAUUUCGGGACCCGUGAGAAGGUAAGCGGCGAUUCUAGCCGAGGCUUUCAUCACCCUUUUAUUGUCGUUGAUCUUUCGACUUUGAUGGUCCCAGCUUCCACACAUUAGCUGCCAUCAACUCACACCAAAUUUCAGAUUCCCUACCUCAGCCAGCUUACCUUAUUGGACAGCCUGCAAUUGUCUGGUCAAGGACACCGAGCUGGAUUAUGCAACGAAUAUCAAAGUAGAGAACAGAGUCACUCCAGGGCUCGCAUCUGCACUAUUACUCCACCGACAGAGAAAGAGAGUGCAGCACCGUGCUUAUGGUUAAGCUAUGUAUCUGCUUGUGAAUUUCUCAAAGGUAGAUACACAUUGGAAAUUUCUGUUAAGAAGACAACUGUAGAUACUGGUCGGAAACACUGCCGGGCAACAAUUUAAUAACAGAAGAUUAGUGCUUGGAAAGUCGACGUGCAGAUCGUUCACAUCUUGUUCUCAGCAAGGAGACGAGAGAUCAUGGUUGUAAAUAUUGUAUCAAUAUACCCAUGUGUCCCCAGAUGUGGAAUCACCUCCUGCAAAC